AUGCACUCUAUCAGCAGUCUCGUUCUCCUCUUGGCUUCGGCCGUUGUAGCUGUUCCAAUCAGCACUGUUCAAGCCCUUGCUUCAAGUAAAUAUACUUGUGCGACACCAUUACUACCUACUACUGGAGCUGCGUCUGCUCUCCCAGUACCAACUGGCACCCUCGCCUAUAUUGCUCUCGGUCGUGGUAUCCAAAAUUAUACCUGCUCCGCCAUUGGUGCUACUCCAGUGGCUCUUGGUGCAGUCGCUAGCCUCUACGAUGCAACCGACUACGCCAAGUGUGCCAGUACCGCAUUGAAUAAUCUCCCAGGGAUCGCUGUCUAUACCAGUCUUCCCUCUACUAGUAGCGCUAGCUUCAUGGGUCUCAAACCUCUGGGCAAGCACUUCUUCGAUGCCAGUGGAACUCCAACAUUCGACCUUUCAUUUGUCAGCAAGAUCUUGUACGCUGCCAAGACUGGUGACAUUUCUCCUCCUAUCAAUUCCAUUCCGGGACCUGCCAAUACCGGUGCGGUUGAUUGGCUAUCCUUAACUGCCAAAUCAACAUACGUAUCCGUUGGUCUCACAACAGUCUACCGCGUCGAAACUGCCGGUGGUAAUUCCAUCAACCCUUGCACAACAGCAGGCGUUCAGAGUGUUCAGUAUGCCGCUCAAUACUGGUUUUACAGUUGA